AUGCACUCAAAUGAUUUUCAGCGAUUGAAUCAUGUAAGAUGUGAGAAUGGUUUAGCAAAUAUAAUUGCUAUACUAGCCUUAAAUAAUACUAAUAUAACAGCUGUCAUGAUUAAUGCAUCAGAUGAUACUUUAUUAUUAGCAUUACCAGCUGGAGCUACUAGCGCUGAUGUUAUUCCAGCACAUAAUGUUCAUAUAGAUGAAGAUUGGUCUCUUACUGGAGGGUAUCCUGUAAAUGCUGAAGAUGUUGAUAGGAUUUUAAAUAGUACAAUCCAGGCGUUACAACAAUUAGCGUUAAAUCUAUUACUGGUAUCUUCUUCUGGCCAGAAAAAUAUCACUUAA